AUGUACAAGUAUUCAGGUAUCUCCUCAAGGGCACCCGGAAUGCUUAGCAGAGCGACGUCUACAUUUCCUCGUCGAUUCGGCUCCACCUUCACGUCGCCUCUGCUUCCGAAAGGAGCUCUAGCUUACAUAAAUGGUAUCUCCUCAAGGGCACUCGGAAUGCUUAGCCGAGCGACGUCUAUAUUUCCUAGUCGAUUCGGCUCCACCUUCACGUCGCCUCUGCUUCCGAAAGGAGCUCUAGCUUACAUAAAUGGCCACUGGGUCGAGUCUCAGACAAGGAAUACUUUUGAUGUGACAAACCCUUAUAGCGGAGACGUAUUAUACAAAACCGUGAAUUGUGAUGUGCCUGAAGCAAAAAAGGUUAGUAGUGUUUACUCAGUGUUUAGACCAGCUGCUAAUAUAGCCUCCACUCUGCUAUCGCUAUUUCUCAGUUUCGUUUUAUUGUUUGAGUCUUUUGUGAUAUCUUGCGGGUUGAAGGCAUUUUCGGGCAAACGCAACGAAUAUCAACGUUAA